AUCCGUUUCACGAAAUGUGAGUCCAACCAACUUCCGGCAAAAUGCAACGAAUCGCGUACAUUCGCCGGUACUGCGGCACCAAAUCCAGAGCGGUGGCCGAAAUCUUUCCCCGCAGCACGGUUCGCCGGCUCAACUUGCCCGAUUCAAAGUGUGAGGAACCGUCCCCGGCGCAACCGCCGGGAGUUCGACUGAACGAGAUGAACAUCCAGCUGCUGUCGCAGGGAUUGCACAGGCAAGUCUUCGGGGACGCUGCAAAGCAGCAGAAAGUUGACACUUCUAAGCUGGAAUCGCUCCGCAAGGAGCUGACUCGCCACGGCAUUCCGUUGGACAAUCCGGACAUUCGUCCCGACGUAGACUUUCGGUUGCCACAGCUUAAGGGGGUUGGCAUAGAGGAGCACUUUUUCAACAUUGCUCGCGAGCAAAGUAAGCCGUAUCGGGACUUGUUGGAGGCGCUGGUGCGGGGGGAAGUUCCUUCGAUUCCGAAGAAAUGGUCGGAGGAGCCUGGGUGGACGUGCUACGACCCCCUGCGGGGGGCGGUAGCGGUGCCAUAUCCGGAGGACACCGCGCUAGUGUUUGACGUGGAGGUUUGUGUUCCGGCUGGAGCCGCGCCGGUGAUGGCCACGGCUCUUAGUCCUACCCGGUGGUAUUCAUGGACGAGUCCGCGGUUGAUUAGUGAGUUGCCCUCGGGUGAGAAUCAUCGCUACCAGUUGGACGAGUUUAUUCCGCUGGAAUCUACGCCGAAGGAUAAGCAAUCGGAUGGGAAGUUUUCAACUCCGAGGGUUGUCGUGGGGCACAACGUGUCUUACGAUAGGGCGCGAAUCCGCGAGCAGUACUGGCUCAAAAGCACCGGACUUCGCUUCGUGGACACGAUGUCGCUGCACGUGUGCGUCAGCGGAGUCACCAGCUACCAGCGGGCCAUGCUCAAAUCCAGCAAGGAACUCCCGCUGGAAGAUCUGUCCUGGAGCAGCCAAAGCUCGCUCAAUAAUCUGGCCGAUGUGUACUCCCUGUACUGCGACGGCGCCAAACUGGACAAAGAAAAGCGCAACCUGUUCGUCGAGGGAACCCUGCCGGAAAUUCGCGCCGAAUUCCAGUCCCUCAUGAGCUACUGCGCCGGGGACGUGGCGGCCACGAGGAACGUCCUCACCAAGCUGUUUCCCCUGUUUCUGCAACGAUUCCCGCACCCGGCCACUCUGGCCGGAAUGCUUGAGGUGGGCAAUGCGUACCUGCCGGUGAACAGCAACUGGCCGCGCUACAUCCAGGAGUCGGACCUGGCGUACGAAGAUCUGGACAUUGAGGCGAAGCACCUGCUGGCGCAGCGUGCGGACGCCGCAUGUCGGCUGCUGCACGACGCCGAGUUCCGCAAGGAUCUGUGGCUGUGGGACCAGGAUUGGAGCGUGCAGGAGCUGAAGCUGAAGGCGGCCAAGAAGGUGGGGCGGAAGAAGAAGAAGGGGGAGGUUGGUGAGAUUUCUGACGAGGCUGGUGGUAGCGUAGAUGAGCAGGUGGACGAAGAGGAUGCGUUGGCGGCCAAGUUCCAGUAUUUGUACGAAACGAAGGCGCUGCUUCCGGUGAGGAGGCCGCUGCUGCCGGGAUAUCCGGCGUGGUACAGGAAUCUUUGCUCGAAACCCACCACCGAGGACUGGUCGCCUGGUCCGACGGAGAUCGGCACCGGUAUGCAGAUCGCCCCGAAGCUGCUGCGGCUGUGCUGGGAGGGCUACCCGUUGCACUACAUCCGUGGCCAGGGCUGGGGCUUCCUGGUGCCGCACAAGUACCGCCGGGACGAAGAAGACGAAGACGGGGGACAGAUCCCGCUGGAACAGCUGGUGGCCGCCUGUCCGGUGUUGGAGAUUAAUCCGGCCGCCUCCGCGGACGAGAGUUCCGAGGCGCUGGAAGGGUUGUGGCGCGACGUGGAGGCUACCAUCAGUCGGAAGGAUUACUACCGGAAGCUGAAGCAGGAUGGGAACAAGAACGUUUACAAGGGGACGGGGAUUUGGUGCAAUCUGGACCUGGAGGAGUGUUGCUACUUUUUGAAGUUGCCCCACAAGGACGGGCCGUCGCACCGGGUUGGGAAUCCGUUGUCGAAGGAUUUUUUGAACAAGUUUUCCGAGAACGUGUUGGCCGGGGAUGGUAAGACGGCGGAACGGGUCGUGGAGAUUGCGCGAAUGUUGUCGUACUGGCGGAACAACCGAGAUCGGAUAACCGGUCAGCUGGUGGGGUGGUUGGGGAAGGAGAGCUUACCCCGGGAGUUGCGUGACGAGGAGAUGGAGUUUGGUGCAAUCAUUCCGCAGGUGGUGGUCUGCGGGACGUUGACCAGGCGCGCGAUGGAACCGACCUGGAUGACGGCAAGUAACGCGCAACGGGAGCGAAUCGGUUCGGAGUUGAGAGCGAUGGUGCAGGCACCACGCGGGUUCAAACUGGUCGGCGCAGACGUUGACAGUCAAGAGCUGUGGAUCGCUUCGGUUCUGGGGGAUGGCCACGCGGCGGCGAUUCACGGCGCCACCCCGCUCGGUUGGAUGACCCUGAGCGGGACGAAAGCGGCCAAAACGGACAUGCACAGCGUGACGGCGCAAGCGGUAGGCAUCUCUCGGGAUCACGCCAAGGUCAUUAACUACGCGAGGAUCUACGGCGCCGGACAGAACUUCGCAGAAAGACUGCUGAAGCAGUUCAAUCCGACGUUUUCGGACGCGGAAGCUCGCUCCAAAGCCAUCAAAAUGUUCGCGCUGACAAAGGGAAAGAAGUUCUACUACCUCAAAGAAGAAUUCCGGGACGAACUCCCGGAAAAGCCGUACUCGGCAUACGAAGCGCUGAAAACGGCCAAAAUUUGCAACAAACCCGUAACCGAAAUCUUCGAACGCGCCCGCUGGGAAGGCGGAACCGAAAGUGCCAUGUUCAACCGGUUGGAGGAAAUCGCCGACUCCCCGACACCCGUAACUCCCUUCCUCGGCGGACGCCUCAGCCGAGCGCUGGAACCUCAGGAAGGCACGGAGGACCGCUUCCUGCCGACGCGGAUCAACUGGGUCGUCCAGAGUGGCGCCGUUGACUUCCUGCAUCUGAUGCUGGUCGCGAUGCGAUGGCUGAUGGGCGACCGGGUUCGGUUCUGCCUCAGUUUUCACGACGAGGUGCGCUACCUGGUCGAGGACCAGUACGCGUACCGCGCGGCACUUGCCAUGCACGUGACGAACCUACUCACGAGGGCGUUCUGCGUCUCAAGAAUCGGCCUCGCCGACCUCCCCCAAUCGGUGGCCUUCUUCUCAACCGUCGAGGUGGACAGCGUUCUACGCAAGGAGAGCCACCUGGACUGCCGCACACCCUCCAACCCGCACGGCCUAGCCAUCGGCUACGGCAUCCCCAACGGCGAAUCUCUGGACAUCGCGCAACUGCUCGAGAAGCUCGGCCCCCACGAGUCCGACAUGCAAACCUGGGAGUGGCAUCAACCCGCAACCCAACCAGCCAAGCGACCAAAGAAACACCUCAAACUAAUCAAAAGUGCCAAAUAAA